UUGAGCGGUUGUCGGCAAUCAAAAUGGCGACGACCACGAGCAUGACUCGAGUUUUAGCAAGACUGCAGCAUUCAAAACAAUUAAUAUUACAAUGGCUAUUUCGCAAUCAACCUCCCGGUAUGUAUGGUGCUCUAGCCUUUGAUGUCAGCCCCUCUCUACCCGACACUCAUCAGACCAAACAAAGCCCAACGUCUGUCCUGGGAUCUAUACUAGACAGUGUGCUGUGGGCUACAGUACCAAGGAAUAGACGAUCAGUCGAGAAGAGACUUACCAGGAAACAUGGCAUGACCAAACAGUUUGAAGCUGCAAUACCUAAGAAAAAUAUCACUGCUUGUCUGGAAUGUGGUCACUGGCAUGAAAAACACACAAUAUGUGGCAACUGCUACAAGAAAGUGAAAGCAGAGACGAGGGAGUUGAAGCUGUCCAUGGGAGACGACUUCCACUACAAUACACCCAGGGCGGAGAUUCAAGUGUUGUAUCAGCAGGAAACAGAUCAACGCCAAAAAUAUAAAGGAAAAUACAUUAUAGAAAUGGACAAACCAAGGCCACAGUGGUUCCCUAAAAACUUGAUGACUCGUGGGAAGGGGGACACAUAGAGUGGUGGUUGUUGACACAACAUUUACCCCAUCUUUAAACCCUGCUCCAUCCCCUGUGAUACUAAUGCCGAAGAUGUCUUUGUCGCAUGAGGUAGUACAUAAAUCUACCCUACGUAGAGUUUUGUACACAGAAAUCUACCAGAGGUAGAACUCCGUAUACAGAAAUCAACCCUACCACGCAGUAUUAACAAUGGGCAAGUUCUGAAAUUAAACAUUGUUUUCAGCGAGACUUUCCUUUCUGAGAAAGAUGGCGAUCUUCUCGAUAAUUUUACGAUUAUUUGACACAAAUUACAAUGGUUCCUAUACAAAGUUAUGACACUGACGGAGGAAAUGAUCAAAACAAACAUUAACGCAAACUUCCUGAAUGGAGGAUUUCAACAAAUGGCCAACUUAUUCUUACUGCUCUAUGUGUGCCAUUUGUGUUUCUGCCAUUUUGUCUAUAACUGGGAAAAUGCGGAAUGGUAAACCGAUUUGGUUGGUUAUCAAAUAGAAUGGACUGGUUGGCACCGAGGGGAGGGUAUAUUUCUGGUGACCGAACUCUGACCGUGUAGGUGUAUGUGCUACCUCUUACGACCAAGAUCCCUUCAGUGAUACUAAUCACUGAGUAAAACUUUGAUAUGAACGUUGUGUUUAGUCACUUCUGUCAGUGAUGGUGAAUUCGUAACUUCGAUGAUGCAUUGUGUAACAGGUGUUCAAAGAAGGAACUGUUUUUCGACUUUCACUACAAAUCAUGAAUCACAACAUUAGUGCUAUAGAUGUGUGUAACAAAUGUAUAAGCAAGAAUGGAUUAAAACUUUGAAUAUUU